AUGAGCGUCCCAACUGCAGCAAUCAUAGACCAGCUACCAUUCGAGAUUCUCACAGAGAUUGUUGUUACACUAGUAUUUGAAGGCUUCCGCAAGCUGGCAAUUCGAACUCCAUGCUUCUGCACUGCUAUGGUUAUCUUCCCUUUCAAAGUCGAGCAAGGCCGAAUUUACGAGUGGGCGGAUUCGUCCGAGGGCACCAGAUUCUACGACUUCGAGAAGCUUCUCUAUCAUAGCCUCGACGAGAUUUCUAGCAACUACCGAUAUGAUUUUCAACAGUAUUUAGGCGGUGGAACGACCGAAAACAGGCGAACCGUAUGCGAACAAAUAGUCAUUUCGAUCGGUCGCGUCGUUCGCCAAGGGUGCCAUCCCAAGAUCCGUGAUUUCCUUGAUACUGUUACCAAGGAGGGUUCGUUUUCGCUGGCUGCAACCCCGCUGGUGCCUUUCCGGACCAUUGACACAGCUGUUGCGACUGAGCAGUUGACCUCCGCAACAGAGAUUCUAGAAAACAUCCUCAAGGCGUCCAAGGCCUGGCUUAACCGCCCCUUUUUUACGGCGGAAGACACACCGGCCGAGAGUGGUCCUGUCUUCUAUAACUCAGAAGUCCAGACCACUCUUAUUGACGUCUGGAAGCUUGCACUCCCUCCCGUCAAGACGUUGAUCCGCUUACGAAAGAUCUGA